AUGCCGCACCCGCCUGCACACUCCCCUAGGAUCCUGCGCUCGUCUCCUGCGCACUCGCCGCGCAAGCGCCCGGCUGUCGAGGGCGCCAGCCCCGCGCCGAGCCCUAGCAAGUACAAGGGGCCCAACGGCGCCCCCAGCCCAGGGUACCGCGGCAGGGGUGGGAGCGCGAACGACGACGGCUCAUAUUGGCGCAAGUACGGCGAGAAGGCGGUGGAGGCCCAGGGCGUGACCAAGGGCUACUUCCGCUGCACUGAGCCCGGCUGCCCGGCGCGCAAGGUGAUAACCAAGGACGUCGGGACUGCCGCCAUCACCACCAUCGACUACAGGGGGGACCACAACCAUGAGCCCUUGCUAAACUAA